AUGGGCCUGGCGACGCUCCGCUUCGUCGUCGGCGGCGACGCCGCGGGCGCGCCGCGGCCGCCGGAGCCGCCGCGGGACCCGAAGAAGCCGCGGCCGCCGCGGAGCCUCGCCGCCGAGCUCGCCCUCGUCGCGCGGAGCGACGCCGUGCGCGGCUACGCGCGGUCCCUCGACGUCCGCGACGCGGUCUUCGAGGCGUCGUUCGAAGCGCGGAACGAGACGCGGCGGCUCACCGCGCUCGCGUCGCGGCCCGACGCCGUGCUCGCGCUGCGCUUCGACUGCGCGGGCCCGGAAGGCGCCUGCGCCGCCGUCGAGUUCGGCCUCGACCGCGCGGGCGCCGGCGACGCCGCGGCGCUCCCCGCGGGCGGCGGCUCGAGCGACGUCGUGCUUCUGGCGAGCGCGCCCGCGGGCGACGACCUGGCCUGGGCGGCCUGCGCGGUCGCGGUCGACGCGGCGCCGGCGGCCGUCGCGCCGGACCUGGACCCGUCGCUCCUGGCCCGCGUCUUCGGCGCGGAGACGCCGCCGCGCACGGCGACGCGCCGCGGCGAGGCCGUCGUGCUGCUCGUCGCGGGCGCGACGUCCUACGACGGCGCGGACCCGCGGGAGACCUGCGUGGCGCGGCUCGCCGGCGCGGCGCGCCGCGGCUGGGACGACCUCCGGGGCCGCCACGUCGCCGACUUCCGCGCGGCGGCCGGAAGAGCGACGCUGCGGCUCGCGGACGCGGCCGAGCCGCGGGGCCGGCCGACGGCGGAGCGCGUCGAGCGCCUCGGCGCGCCCUGCGGCAACGGCACGGCGCCGGCGACGGCGCCGAAGCUCCUGAGCCUCGCCUUCGCCUACGGCCGCUACCUCCUCGCGUCGUCGAGCCGGCGAGGCGGCCUGCCCGCGAACCUCCAGGGCGUCUGGGCCGACGGCGCGGUGCAUCGGCGUCUCGCGGCGCCGUGGAACGGCGACUACCACCUCAACAUCAACCUGCAGAUGACGUACUGGGCGGCCUGGUCCGCGAACGUCGGCGAGGCCGCGGCGCCGCUGGUCGACUUCCUCGAGGGCCUCGCGGCGGCGGGCGCAAAGACCGCGCGCGAGUGGUACGGCGCGCCGGGCUGGGUCGCGCACGGCUACACGGACCUCUGGCGCGACGCGCGCGCGCUCGGCGAGAACAAGUGGGCGCUCUGCGCGACGUGCGGCGCCUGGGCCGCGCUCGCGCUCUCGGAGGCGUCCGAGCACGCGCCGGGCGACGCUUCCAAGCUCGCCGCGGCCGCGCGCGUGCUCGGCGGCGCGCUCGACUUCUUCGAGGGCUACCUGCUGCCCGUCGCGGCCGGCGACGCGGGCAAGCUCGGGCUCCCGAGCGCCCCCGCGCUGCUCUCCGGGCCGUCGACGUCGCCGGAGAAUUCGUACCGGCUCAACGGGUCCGCGGCGAGUCUGAGGGGCGCGUCCAAGGCCCGCGACGACUGGGGCUUCGUCGCGCUGUCGCCCGCGCUCGACGUCGCCGUGCUCCAUCGCCUGGCGACGGCCUACGGGGAGCUCUGCGCGCGCGGCGCGGCGCUCCUCGCGUCGUUGCCCCACGGCGGCCGCCCCGUCGCCGACGCCGAGGGGAUGCUCCGCGAGUACCCCGUCGCCGUCGGCGGCCGCGCGGCGGCCGCGCCGGACGAGGCGCACCGCCACUUCUCGGGUCUGUUUGCCCUCUACCCGGGCCGCCAGCUGUCGCCCCUCGACGACGCCGACGGCGCGGCGGCCGCGGCCGCGCGCACGCUGGACCGCAAGCUCGCGGCCGGCGGCGGCCACACGGGCCGGUCGCGGCGCUGGUCGCGCGCGUGGGCCGCGAGCCUGGCGGCGCGGACGCUCGACGGCGCGGCCGUGGAGCGGUCGCUCGUCGAGCUCGUCGCGGGCUACUUCUGCGGCAACCUCCUCGCGACGCACCCGCCCCUCCGGCCCGAGCCCAAGCUCAAGGCCGCGGGCUGCGACACGCGCUUCGCUGCGUGCUUCGAGCGCGCGCCGCCGCCGGGCCGCGCGGGGCCGCCGGACCGCGGGAUGAUCACGUCGUCCGGGGACGUGUUCCAGCUCGACGGCAACCUCGGCUUCCUCGCCGCGGCGACGGAGGCGCUCCUCCAGUCGCACCGCGGCGCCCUCGCCGGCGGGCCGCCCGUCGAGCUCCACUUAUUGCCCGCGCUGCCGCCGUCGUGGCGCGCCGGCGCGGCGACGGGCCUCCGCGCGCGCGGCGGCCUCGAGGUGGACCUGCGCUGGGCCGUCGGAAGGCUGACCAACGCGACGGUGACCGUCGUCGAGGACGGCGGGGUGGGGGUCGCGCGCGUCCGCAGCCGCGCGCGGCUCCGCGCCGUCGGCGGCCGCCUCGAGGCCGCGGCGGGGCCCGACGCGCGCGGCGACCACACGGCGACGCUCGCGGGGCUCGAGGUGGGGGUGGCGGUGUGGCUGUUCGCGGUGGGGUUCUGGGCGGCCUACUCCGAGGGCGGCAACUCCGUCAAGGGCGAGGGCUUUCGCACGGUGCGGGGCUUCUCCAAGUCGCUCGCGGGCGAGGCGACGUACGACGAGUACUUCGCGUACCACGGCAACGAGAAGUACGCCGACGACUACGUGCGCGCGGCGCUCUGGGACCGCCUCGCGGACGACUCGUCGGCCAAGGCCGACCCGCGGCCGGCGCUCUUCACGGGCACGACGCUCACGGACGCCAUGGCCAAGCAGAUGGCCAUGAAGGGCGCCGUCUACCAGAACACGUGGAUCUACGCGCUCCACGAGCUCUACAGCGCCAUCGGCAAGUGCGAGUCGGGCAACAUCGCCGACGAGACGGGCGCGCCCCACGCCUGGGACGAGGGCUGGGCCUUCUACGCCGGGUCGCUCCAGACGCCCGCGGGCUCCUCCGGCCCGGCCAAGACGUGGCGCGCGGCCAACGACGAGCAGAACUCGAACGUCAACGCGAAGCUCCUCAACCUCUACCACGCGGGCCUCGCGGCCGUGCGGUCGUCGACGGCGUCCGAGGCCAUGGACGAGUCCGAGUACCGCCGCCUCGACGGCCACGACGCCUCGGGCCCGGACUGUGCGGCCGCCGUGGACCUCACGGCGGAGAUCGUCGCGCAGAUGACCGUCCCCCUCAUCCAGGGCACGCUCCGCUACGCCUGGCGCUCGGACCCCAACGGCGGCGGCCAGACCUUCUCCUCCGACGGCGAGGUCCUCGCCGAGUACCACGCCUUCGCGUACGCCGCGCUCCCGCGCGUCGCGCACUGCGACGCCGCCGCCGGCGAGGUCCUCGCGGCGUCCAUGGCCAUCCCCACCGAGCUCACGGAGGCGUCCGCCGCGACCGUCGUGCCCGGCGGCUUCGCCGCCGUCAAGGCCGCGCUCGAGUCGACCUACUCGUGCCUCGGCAUCACCUGCGCGGACGUCGGCGGCCCCCUCAUCCACGACGGCGCGCCCGUCGCCGGCAUGGAGGCCUGCGACGACGGCUCCACGGUCAACACGCGCGCCGAGUUCUUCGAGAACCCGGGCGCCGCCGACCACGGCGACGAGCACGGCGACGAGCACGGCGACGAGCACGAGGGCGACCACGGCGACGAGGGCGGCAACGUCAUCGCGGACGAGGAGUCCGACGGCGCCGCGUCCGCGGGCGUCGCCGCGCUCGCCGCGGCCCUCGCCGGCGCCGCCAUGCUCGGAACCGGCGUGGCGGCCGUGACGCUCGGCACCGGCGUCGCGAGCCCGCUCGGCGCCGUCGUCGCGAGCCCGCUCGGCGUCGCGCCCUCGGCGCUCGGGGCGAGCGUCGCGUUCGCGGUCGCGUCGUCGGCGACGGCGGCGGCGCUCGGCGCGAGCGUGGCGACCACGACGAUCGCGUCGUCGCCCACGCUCCGGCGCCGCGAAUCCGAGAUGGAGACGGACGACACGUCGAGCGUCGCGAAGUCGAAGCCGUCGCCGAAGACGAGGUCCGCCCAGUGGCCCGACGCGCGCGCCUGCCCGAACCAGCCGACGUCGUCCUCGGUCCGGAAGAACAUGCCCUCGUCGCCGGCGAGCCGCGCCUCGACGAGCUCCACGUUCGCCGUCGCGGUCACGAGGACGGACGUGAACUCGCCGACGUCGGACGAAAGCUCGACGUACACUUGGGCGACCUUGCUGUCCGUCGCGUGCGCGGCCAGCACGACCUGGACGUACGAGCUGCGCCCGAAGCUGGGCUGGGCCGUCGGCGCGCUCGGGACCGCGGUCGGCGCGGAGCUCGGCGAGUCCAGCGUCCGCGUCGGGCCGCUCGUCGGCGCGACGAUCGGCGUCGCCGUCGCGCCGCAGACGUCGCACGUUAAAUCGCACAUCCCCGCGUGCCCGCAGCCGUCGAGGCAGAAGACGGUCUCGCACGCGUCCGCGGUGAUCGCGACGAAGCCCGCGCACACGGCCGUCGUGAAGAUGUCGCGGCAGGACCCGGACGUCGUCGGCGCGGCCGACGGCGCGGGCCAGAACGCCGCGGGGGCCCACGAGCAGUCCUCCGUCGCCAAGCUCGCCUUCGAGCCCGUCACGACGACGCCCGGCGUGUCGCAGAACGCGAGCGUGCCGUAG